AAAAAUAGUAAGUAUCGGGUUUAAAUAGGACGAAAAAAUUAAUUGGAAUAUAAUUUGGUUUAGUAAUUUUGUAAAAUGGCAUUACUUCAACCUCCAAGAUCUUCUUACACUAAAGCUAGUAAAAAAGUAUGGUUCUCUUAUGUGGAAGGUUCCAAUAAAUUCCAACAUGAUUUGUUAGGCAUUACAAACUCAUAUAUAGCUGGGAACUUACACCUUCAAUUUCCUGAGGAAGAACCCUUGAAUGCCAAACAAAUUGAAGUUUCCAUCACGGGUACAGAGUAUGUUCAUUGGACUGAACAAGUAAUCAGAACUUGUCAAGUAUAUAAUGCUAGUACCAAUUCAUUUUAUACUCAUACCUAUGUAGAAACAAUUCAUUAUAUUCAUGAAAAGCAAAUUCUGAAUAGAUCAUUAAUAUUAUGGCAAAGUAGUAAUUUGAAAAAUAAUGUAAGAUCGAAAAAAGAAUUAUAUGAAAAAAUUACAAAUAUGCAUAUUCCAUUUCAAAUUUCAUUACCUAAUGAUUUACCACCAUCAAUGAGUUUGGAUACUGGAAAUAUUUAUUAUAAUGUGAACGCAAAAAUUAAAAGGAAAAUGAAUUUUUGGAAAUGUCAAGGUUCAAAGAAGAAGAUUAAAUGUAUUUGUAAUAUUACACGUUAUAGUCCAAUGCCAAUGACAGACCCUUUUCGAUGGGUUGAAUGGGAUGAUCAGAAAGCUUGGAAACGUGGUUUAGGUUAUGAUGUUUCAAUGAAUUAUAAUACCUUUGGACCUGGAAAUCCUAUUUAUUGUAAAAUUGGCUCUUAAAUUUUUUAAAUAUGAUUUAAAAAUAAAAGAAAUAUUUGUUGGUUUAAAAGAGUAUCAUAUAUUUAGAGCUUCUGGAAAUGUAAAAUCUAUCAAAAAAUAUGCAGAAGAAAGAAGUGUAUCUGGUGAUCAAUUUCCAAAUAUUUUGAAUACACAUAAUGAAUGGUCACAUAAUUUUAGAAUUGAAGUAUUGAAUGAUAAGGUUAAUUGGACUACUGAU